AUUGAUGCAACUAAUGGCGGAUAGAACAUCCCACCGCUUUGUCUGGUUUUUAGGUUUGGUUUUGAUCAUUGCGAGGGGUUUACAAAUCAAAGCAAAAGAUAUCUCAAUACAUCAACACACGUGCGAUAGCGAUGAAAACGAAGAGGGCUUCUGUGACACGAUAGAUGAAAUUAAAUACGUUCAGAACGACGAAAUUGUGGACUUAAAGGAAGAAAUACCAAGAAUACAAAAGACAGAACAAGUAGAAAGUCUUUCACAAGAUUUGAAAGAGGGACAACAAAGUAACGAGGUUCAUAACAAUUUAUCAGAAAGCAAUGAUAAACAAGUUUUAUCUAACAGCAACACAACUACGGAAUGGAUUGGACUUCAGAUUCCAGUUGUCGAUGGAAUUAAGGUUGGUCAUAUUCAAGAGAUUGAAAUUCUACCUGGCAUCAAACGUCACAUAAAAACCCUGAGCAUGCGUCCUCUUGUAUUUGAGAUUCCCGAUUUUCUUGAUGAGGACGAAUGUGAACUCAUCAUAGCUAUGGCUGAAAACAAAAAACUCAAUGAUAAUCCUAAGAAAACAGAUAACCGAGGUGUUUACUAUGAAGACCCUCUGAACACUUUCAAACAGUGGGACUUGAAUAGUGAUGAAUACAUUGACGCAGAGGAGAUUGUCCUGAUCCCUGGUAAAAUGGAUCUUAAAUUUACAAAACAUAACGCCACCGAGAUGAUGAAAACAUUAAACUUGGAUGAAGAUGAUAAUGGAAAAAUCAACCUGACUGAAUUCAAAAGCGUAGAACUGGAGGAAAUAAGACAAUACAUUGCUGGCCUUCUGAAUGAUUCGUCACUGAGGAGAAUACCUAACAGUAGAGUAUCUUGGCUGUGGCAUGAUGAGGACGAACUGCUGAGAUAUCAGCCUGACUUAUUGCAUGGAUUCCAUGAACGGCUUCAAGCAGUUACCAAAAUACCAAAGGAAAUUAUUCAGGAGAGUGAACCCAUGCAGGUGAUGCAGUUUGAAGAAAACAACUAUCAAUAUUGCCAACAAGAUAGUGAGCCUAAAUUUGAGGGUGUUCCCUGCUGUCUGUAUGGAGACAUGAAAGAAUGCAGAAUAUGCAGGUACAUAACACUAGCUUAUUUCCUCAACGAUGUCGAUGAAGGAGGGGAAUUGGUGAUGCCACUUGCAAAUAGCGAAUUUGAGGAUGACAUCAUGAACAACUCUGGUACCUGGACAGGGUUUUUCACUUACGACAAGACAACUGGAAGUCGAAAUACCUUUGAAGUGGAUGUACAAUUUAAAAUGGAUGGUGCUAAUAAAGUUAUUUAUGGCAAAGGAAGUGACGACAGCGGGGAAUUCGAAUUGAUUGACAGUCUGUUGACAGGAAACAUAAUAAGAUUCCGCAAGAAGUAUUUGAAUCAAGGAAACAAAGAUUUUUCCAUUAAAUACGCUGGACAAUUAAAGGGAAAUACACAAAUAGAUGGAAAGUGGUGGGUUCCUGGCGGGGAGAAGAUGCGUGGGAAAUUUUUCAUGCGUCACAAAGGAUACGAGAAAUGGAUGAACAAUGCCAUUGGAAAAUGCAACUCACACGAGUACUGUGCUAAAGGCAAACUGGUCAUCAAACCGAAACGAGGCAAGGCUGUCAUGUGGUACAACCAUGUGCCUAAUGAUGAUGGUACAUGGAUCGGGGGACUGGAUAACAGGAUGUACUACGGUCACUGUGACGUCACUAAAGGCGAGAAAUGGAUGGCCACUAAUUGGAUCAACAUAGAUGGUGACGGGGAGAUGGAGUUGAGGGCCUGGAAACGAGGUAUAAACCUCAUAUCUGACGCUAGGAAGCACUUGAACCAGAAUAUUCUUCAAAGAAUGCGAAGAGCUGAAGACAAUAAAGCACCAGAUGAGAUUGAAGAAGAACUUAACAAUGAUAUGGAGAACACCCAAGAAUGGACGUUUGAAUCUCGUCCGAAAGAAAGACACGUUCUUAAUGCUGUUGUAUCACUGUUAGAAUCUCUUAACGAAGAAGAAAUGGUAGCUGUUUCGAAGAAAGUACAUGAGAAACUUCAGAUGCUAUGUGUACCUUUAGUUCUAAACCAAGGCGGUAAAAUUUCUUUAGUGGAUGGAAGUAAGGCUGAAUGAAAGAGAAAACAUUCUCGCCUCUAGAAUGCAAUCAUAGGUAAAAUAAUUUUCGAACUUUUUUAUUGUGGAUAAAAAGUCAUUAUUUAAGAGUUGAACAUUUUAAGGAAAGUUUAUUAGAGGUACUUAGGAAUCAGUCAUUUUUCACACGGUUUUCAGGGCGGAGGGGUAUCAGUCGUUGCCAACAGGGUAUAAAUUGACCGCCAAUUAACUGGUAAUGAGUGGCGGGAAUCAUAAGAGUAUUAUUUGCCUUAUGUUGGGAUUUCAUUGCGACACAACCUAAAUCCUCCAAGCCUCUCACCCCCGGCAAUAACCAUGAUGACCGGUCCCUAGAGCUAUAUUGUUUAUAUUUCUGUACAGAGAAGCUAUAACGUUGACGUUUCGUGUAUAAAACCCUAGUGUGUGUUGUUUUCCCAUGACGGUCAUUAAAUAUUCCUUUCCUGAAGUACAUAGACAUCAUGUUGUACAAAGGGUUAUUAAUACAU